CUGCCGAAGUCCGGGGUGUAUUCAUUAGUAAGAAUUUCUGACUAAAAAUGUGAGUUUCUAGCGGUUUCUGUUGCAAAACGUUUUGCAACAGAAACCGUUAGAAACGCACAUUUUUCGUUUGAAGUUAUUGGGCAAAUUCAAGUAGUUCCCUCCCAAUGCACGACCUGUGCGUUGGCAUCACCCUGGGUGUUCAUCGGCUUCAAGGGCAUCCUGCUGUAUGGCAAACCUGCCCAGAAAGAGAAGUACCUGCCCAAACUAGGCACAGUUUGUUCCAGUCACUGGCAGCAGAGAACUGGAAGGAGAGGCGGCAAAAUGAAGAAUUGGUUUUGGGGGUGACCAGAGAGAGAGACCUGCUGGAGCGCGUGCUACAGCUCUCCCUGAGCCGCUCAACCUGUCAUUGGCGUGGGAGUCUGAAUUCCGUAUAAAGCUGUCGUGGAACGCACCAAAGGAUUUAGAUGCAUCAUGCAAGGUGAACUACAUGAUCACUACAACGAUCGGAGAGAGAAGACCCAAAGUAGAGACAACUUUCAAGUUGUAUAAAGAGUAUAGACUCUCUACAGAAGAUGCAGUGAAUUACACAGUGCAAACAAACCCCAAACACUGUACAGGUAGAACCAUAAGCAAACCUGUCAGCAAAUCCAUCACUAAACCCACAGAGUUGGUGAAGAACUUCCAGUGUUCCCUCUACUCCUCUAAGGCCAUGAACUGCAGCUGGCUCCCAGCCAAUCAGGCCUCAGACCUCCAGCUCUACUAUGGGUACCUUGGUCCCUCCCACAUAGCAGCAUGCAGUGAGUACCAGUACAGAGAAGGUCAGAGGACAGGAUGUCACCUGAGAGGAUCCUUCCUUCAAUAUGACGUCUACUUCAAGGUCAAUGGGACUCUCGAUGGCUUAUCUGUACAGAAUAACUUCCUGGUGCUUCCUAGAUAUCAUGUCAAGCCCCCAGCCCCUAAAGUAAAGAUCACAGAGGAAGGUAGGAAUCUCAUCCUGAGCUGGGACCCUCCGGACAUAGGCGCUGUCCACUGCUGGAAUUUCAUCUUAAAAUACAACAAGUGUCAAGAGUCUCUGGGUAAGGAAAUACAAUUGGAACAUGUACCAGGGAAGGUUUCAUAUGACCAGAGAUGCCAGUACAGAGUCAAGCUUAAAGCAGUCUAUACGAAAUGGUGUGGGGAGGGAGGCAGCGACUGGAGCGAAGAGGAAAUCUAUGGCACAGAAAUAAGUUUUCCCCCCAAGAUUCCCCCGAGGACCCUAACUGCACUGCUUAAGAGUGUCCGGAGUGGGAGCUCCGCAAUCGAUCAUAGAUCAGCACUCCAGCUCUGAAACCACUCAUGACUGCAAUUCUUCCUCUCUCUAUACCUCUCUCUUUCCUUUCUUCAGUGCUGCUCAAGCAGCUCUGGAUUUCUGUGCUUCUCCACCCUAGCUUUUGAUGCAGCCUUCUUUCUUUUCUGCCAAGAUAACAAGAAGUUUAGAUUAAUCAGAUUCUGUUCUAGAUUAUUGCACAUCCACUAAAAGGGGCAUUACACUCAAAAAAUGUAACGUUUGGCACGUUUGCACACCUCAAAAGUAGUCUUAUGUCUCAAAAGUAGACUUAAAGGGAUAGAUCACCAAAAUUACCAACGUACAUUGGAUUCCUUACCCUGUAAGCAGUCAAUGGACAAGGCAAGACAGCAGUCCAUGCUUUGGUUUAUAGCACAAAACCACUGCAAGUGGAUAUCCUCGAUUUUUAUAAGCAUUUUCACAUUCCAUGUCCAAAUCAUCCCAGUGCCAAAAAUUGAUUGUCUAGCUCAAUAAAGUUAGUUUAAGAUGAUUUGGACAUGAAAUGUGAAAUAUGCUAAUAUCACAGAUAUUCAGUUAAAUUGGUUUUGUGCUAUCAAUGUUAAAAAGAUGGAGACUGUGACCAGGUAAACAAAACCCAAGCAAGGAUUGCUGUGUUCUCUUGUUAAUAGACUGCUUACAGGGUAAGGAAGCAAGCAGAAUACUACCCUGUACCCCACUGCUGGCUUGCCUCGGAAGCUAAGCAGGGUUGGUCCUGGUCGGUCUCUGGAGACCAGAUACUGUUGGAAGUGGUGUCGGAGGGCCAGUAGGAUGCACUCUUUCAUCUUGUCUAAAAAAAUAUAUAUCCCAAUGCCCUGGGGCAUUGCUUUGUGUAGGGUGCUGUCUUUCAGAUGGGAUGUUAAAUGGGUGUCCUGACUCUGUGAUCACUAAAGAUCCCAUGGCACUUAAGAGUAAGGGUGUUCUGACUAAAUUCCCAAUCUGGCGACCUAAUCAUCCCCAGCUUCCAUUUGGCUCAUUCAUCCCCCCUCUCCCCUGUAAUUAUUCCCCAGGUCAUUGCUAUAAAUGAGAAUGACUUCAGUCAAUUUAACUGGCACAAUGAGGGUUAAAUAAAAUGACAUAUUGGUUUAUUUAACUAUCAAUUUAAAUCCACAUCCCAGGCCAUUUAUUGUGUAGACACACCUACAGUGCCUUGCGAAAGUAUUCGGCCCCCUUGAACUUUGCGACCUUUUGCCACAUUUCAGGCUUCAAACAUAAAGAUAUAAAACUGUAUUUUUUUGUGAAGAAUCAACAACAAGUGGGACACAAUCAUGAAGUGGAACGACAUUUAUUGGAUAUUUCAAACUUUUUUAACAAAUCAAAAACUGAAAAAUUGGGUGUGCAAAAUUAUUCAGCCCCUUUACUUUCAGUGCAGCAAACUCUCUCCAGAAGUUCAGUGAGGAUCUCUGAAUGAUCCAAUGUUGACCUAAAUGACUAAUGAUGAUAAAUACAAUCCACCUGUGUGUAAUCAAGUCUCCGUAUAAAUGCACCUGCACUGUGAUAGUCUCAGAGGUCCGUUAAAAGCGUAGAGAGCAUCAUGAAGAACAAGGAACACACCAGGCAGGUCCGAGAUACUGUUGUGAAGAAGUUUAAAGCCGGAUUUUGAUACAAAAAUAUUUCCCAAGCUUUAAACAUCCCAAGGAGCACUGUGCAAGCGAUAAUAUUGAAAUGGAAGGAGUAUCAGACCACUGCAAAUCUACCAAGACCUGGCCGUCCAUCUAAACUUUCAGCUCAUACAAGGAGAAGACUGAUCAGAGAUGCAGCCAAGAGGCCCAUGAUCACUCUGGAUAAACUGCAGAGAUCUACAGCUGAGGUGGGAGACUCUGUCCAUAGGACAACAAUCAGUCGUAUAUUGCACAAAUAUGGCCUUUAUGGAAGAGUGGCAAGAAGAAAGCCAUUUCUUAAAGAUAUCCAUAAAAAGUGUCGUUUAAAGUUUGCCACAAGCCACCUGGGAGACACACCAAACAUGUGGAAGAAGGUGCUCUGGUCAGAUGAAACCAAAAUUGAACUUUUUGUCAACAAUGCAAAACGUUAUGUUUGGCGUAAAAGCAACACAGCUCAUCACCCUGAACACACCAUCCCCACUGUCAAACAUGGUGGUGGCAGCAUCAUGGUUUGGGCCUGCUUUUCUUCAGCAGGGACAGGGAAGAUGGUUAAAAUUGAUGGGAAGAUGGAUGGAGCCAAACACAGGACCAUUCUGGAAAACCUGAUGGAGUCUGCAAAAGACCUGAGACUGGGACGGAGAUUUGUCUUCCAACAAGACAAUGAUCCAAAACAUAAAGCAAAAUCUACAAUGGAAUGGUUCAAAAAUAAACAUAUGGUGUUAGAAUGGCCAAGUCAAAGUCCAGACCUGAAUCCAAUCGAGAAUCUGUGGAAUGAACUGAAAACUGCUGUUCACAAAUGCUCUCCAUCCAACCUCACUGAGCUCGAGCUGUUUUGCAAGGAGGAAUGGGAAAAAAUGUCAGUCUCUCGGUGUGCAAAACUGAUAGAGACAUACCCCAAGCGACUUACAGCUGUAAUCGCAGCAAAAGGUGGCGCUACAAAGUAUUAACUUAAGGGGGCUGAAUAAUUUUGCACGCCCAAUUUUUCAGUUUUUGAUUUGUUAAAAAAGUUUGAAAUAUCCAAUAAAUGUCGUUCCACUUCA